AGCAAACCCCAUAGAUCGUCCAGGUUUGUUCAGUCUCCAUAACGCGCUGCUCUUUCAACAUCUGAUUCGUCUAAGAUGACCCCCCCUGAUGUCGCUGAUUAGUCGACUGUGAAAUCAUCCUCUCAUCUGUCUGAGACUAAUCAAUAAUCCGUUGUGGUAUCGCCUGCCUCUCGCUUUGUUUCCCUUCUGCCUGGCCAACCCACCCCUUACCAUUCUCCCUCUCCGGUUUGAUGCGACCGCUGAUCCUUGCCUGCACCUUGCGGGUUUUGCGUCAAGGGCUUUAUAUGCGGUUACCAGGGUUCGGACAGAUGCAAUCAAUAUAGGCGACCCGCCUGGCCCCAUGUCAUCCUGAUCGCCGGCCACUAGGAAGCCUUGCGUCGUUCUGUUACUGCUCCACUUCCACCUCAUCCGCCUUUUCCCGUUGCCUGUCUUCAGGCGGCCAAUUCUUUUCCACACCUCUUCCAGAAUCCGGAGUUAAUCGUUCAUCGUCUGUUUCUACUUGGCUACAUGCUUGUCGUCUGAGGUUUUGUCUGGGCUGUCGCUGCUCCAGACGCUUCGGCAUGUUUCUUCCACCCCCUUAUCGCCUGUUGGUGGCUCGUGAGGCGGCCUCCAACCCAGACGCGACCCAGGACACCCCAAAUCCGAAGAAGAAGACGAAUAUCUUCAUCAUCUGUGCCGCGUGUAUCGUCUUCUCCUUAGCCUUGAUUGUUAUGAUAUACUUCGUUCUACGCAGUCUCCGUCGAAUGAACUGUCGCCCGAGAUACGUGCCCGGGAAAUUCCUAAAGAGUCGAUGGAAUCAGUGGAACGCGGGAGGGGCGUCCUCAUAUGGCCAAGUCUCCGACUCGCCGUCCUCUCGAAAUGGGAAUCGAUCCAACAACACCGCAUACCAAGGCGCCGCGGAAAUGAAUCCCGGCGGGGAAGUCCGCCGCGAGACAUCCGUCCGAUCGGUGAUUACGCUGCCUGCCUACUCGCCCAGCCCGAAGCCCAGCGAACAGGUCAUCGCCCGGGAAGGAGAACGAGGCGGCAUGGAUGUUGUGGUUGAAUUUCCCGAGACGGCGGAAGAAGAGGAGAAUCGCCGGGAGGAACUCAUGGAGUCGCUCUAUCAGGUCCGCGAACAGCGCCGGCGAGAAAUCGCGGAGCGAGAGGCCCGCCGCCAGGAGCGCCGGGAAGCCCGUGCCCGCGGUGACUACAUCCGCCUUGAACAGCUGAGACAGCAGAGCCGCGCCCGAGCCCGGAGUCGCUCGUCAACCAACGGGAGCAGUAACUCGAAUCUGGCCCACGCGGAACACCAAAGCCGUGGCCGUGACCAGCGGAUCGCCAGCGUCAGCUACGCCGAGCUCGGUCGCGUCCGUCAUGAUGGGUCGCGAUUGCGUGCCACCUCGCCCGACUCGGACCGCCGGCCCCUAUUGACCUCAGAUGGGCCCGAUCAACGGUCCACGUCGAGCCUGACCAACGUUCAUUCUCGAGGAGAGUCGUAUUCGUCCAUCGGCUCUGAUACGGAUAGCUUGACCCCCGUGCAGUCCCAAGCGAUCUCCAUGCACUCGGUCGAUCCGGCCACGACCGCUCCCGAAGAUGGCGAUGUGGGCGCGUGCAGUAUCCCUCCCCCGCCAGACUACGACCAUCUGGACUGGGGCGACGCGCCGCCCUACCAGAGCCCGAUCGCCGACCGCGGGGAGGGUCCUCCCCAAUUACCCCGGUUGACACCACUGCCUUCGAUCCAAGUGGACGCAGCCAGUCCGAUCAGCAACACGCCAGCGACGCCGACCGUGCCGUCCCAGUCCCAACGGCACGACCCAGGUCCAGCGGAGCACCCUAAUACACACACCACUAAUUGAUCGUCUCUGGUCGACUUAUAUUCCUGUCAUCUAUCGUGGAGCACCAGACUACAUGAUCUGGACUAUCAUCGCUU